GCAAGAAGGCAAGCAAACAAGCAAGCACCCAAAGACAAGCAAGCAGGCAGCGAUGGUGAAGAAGAAAGGAGGGAGCCGCCAGCAUGCGCCCGCCAUUUCUGACCCGCGCUUCGCAAGGCUGCAGACGGAUCCCAGAUUCCUGAAGCCGAAUCGAGAUGAGUCCAAGGUCGUCGUUGACGAUCGCUUCAAGUCGUUGCUUGCUCCGUCGGCCUCCGAAGGUUCAAAGGCCAAGAAGAAGGCGGCGACGGACAAAUAUGGAAGAAAGACUGGAAAGGAAGAAAGGGAGAGAGAGGAGAAGGAGAUGAGACAGCUGUAUCGUCUGGAAAACGGAGACGAAGAUGAAGAAGAUGAGGACGACGACGAUGAUGAUGAUGAUGAAAGCGAGGGUGAAGUCGGAACGGAGGCAGGAAAGGGUUUCAUCGACUAUGCCCGUGGCGAGGGGGAGCUCGAAAGCAGCUCAGACGAGGAGAGCUCGUCAGACGAAGCAAGCAGCUCAGACGAGGGAGAGGACCCCGUCGUCAUCGGAAGCUCGGCUGCACGGAGGCGCGAACGCAAACGACAGGAGGCACAGGAGGAGGACGAUGAUGAAGAGGAAGAAGGAGAAGAGGGAGGCUAUUCGGAUCUAGACGAAGGCGCCCUGGCUGAGCUCGACGCCCAGGCCGAGCGGACCGUAGCUCGAGAAGGGGUCUCGUCGUCAUCAGUCAAGGGCAAGUCAGCCCCCAAGAAGAUCGGGGACACCCGUCGACUGGCAAUCGUCAACAUGGACUGGGACCACAUCCGUGCUAGAGAUCUGUACAAGGUCUUCACCUCGCUCAUUUCGCCUGCCGCUACUCGCCUGCCAGGACAGUCAACGUCGAGUCUGGCUCUAGAGGAGAGCGUCCCUCGCCGAAAGAACCGGAAUGGGACAGAGGCGGCGGCACAGAUCGCCCCCGUUCGGGGACGCAUCGAGCGUGUUCGAAUCUACCCCUCCAACUUUGGGCGGGAGAGAAUGGCGAGGGAAGACCGAGAGGGCCCGCCAAAAGAGAUUUUCAGGGAUGAGUCGUCGGAAUCCAAGUCCAAAAAGAAGAAGAAGAAAAGCAAGAAGAGAGAAGACAGCGAAGACGAGGAAGAGGACGAUCUCUUCGAUGUCGACGACGGCGGCGAAUUCGAUGAAGAGGCUCUUCGAAACUACCAGCUUGAGAGGCUCCGGUACUACUACGCCAUUGCCACUUUCAAUAGCCCCCAAACGGCGCGCCAUGUUCUGGACGAAAUCGAUGGGACAGAGAUGGAACGCACGGCCAAUGUCUUUGACCUCAGCUUUGUGCCGGACGACAUGGACUUUCCUGAGAAGGCAGCUUCUUCGCAGGAUCCGUCUGACGAAGGUUGGCGCGAUGAGGCGACAGAGCUCAGCGAUGGGGCUAAUUACAAGGGUGUUGACUUUACGACUGAUGCUCUUCGUCACUCUAAAGUCAAACUGACUUGGGACGCCGACGACCCCGAGCGAAGCAAAGUCACACGGCAGCUGGCGCAGAAGGCCCUCACAAGCGACGAGAUUCGCGAUGAGGAUUUCAAGGCGUACCUCGCCUCUGGCAGUGAAGACUCUGCUGGGUCACAGGACGAGGACGAUGAAGACGACGAUGGGGCAGAGGCAGCGGGUCAAGGGCAGAGGGAGAAAUUCCGUGCGCUCCUAGGCCUCGGCAAAGAAGAAGCCAACGGGCAGAGCUCAAGCAACAGACGGGGAAAGACCUCUUCGUCGGCCUUUAUGGAUGGCAGAAAGAGCCGCGGAGGCGAGGAUGGCGAAGAAGGUGAUAUGCAAAUCACGUUCAUGCCUGGCCUGAGCGAGGCAGCGGCGCGCAAGCAGAAGGGCGGCAAGACCAAGGCUGACGGGGAGGACGACGAAGAGACGACGUUGGAAAAGUACAUGCGCAAGCAGCGUGAGAAGAAAGAGCGACGCAAGAAGGGCGCUGACAAGGACGCCAUCGAGCUCGACGACGGAGAGACACAGGGAGGAGAAGGAGAGAAGAUGACCUUUGACGAUCCCUUUUUCCAAGAGGAUGGAGACGACGAGAUCGAUUUCGAUGCUGCACUGCGGGCGGAGCAAGCGAAGGAAAGGAACAAGGACGGACCUGCCGGAAAGAAGGCCGGAAAGGGCGGGAAUACUCUGCUUAAUGGAGGCGAUGAGGAGGAGAGAAGAGCCCGAGAGGAGCUGCAGCUCAUGGUUGACUCCGAUAGCGAGGGCGAGGGCGCCACCGAGCGGAGCGGCCGCGGCCACUUCAGCAUGGCUGACAUUCUCAAAGCGGAGAAAGAAGGGGCAAAGGACAAGAAGUCUCGGUGGGCUAAGAAAAAGGCGGCAAAGGAGGCGCGCAAGAGGGGACUCGGCGGAGAGGAAGACAAGAGACAGACGCAGGACGGCUUCGAGCUCAACGUCCAGGACCCCAGAUUCGAGGGCGUGUUCAAGGACCAUCGAUUCGCGCUUGAUCCGAGCCACCCUAGCUUUAUCAAGACGAAGAACAUGGACAAGCUUCUGGAGGAGAAGAGAAAGAGACAAGCGAGAAAGGGUGGUGCAGCUGAGGAAGGGGCUCCCAGCCAGCGCAGCAACGGCAAGGGGCAAGGGGUCGGCGACGACUUGCAAGAUUUGGUUCAGUCGAUCAAAAAGCGCGCAAGCACCGAUUCUGCGCCGGCGACGACAAAGAAGAAGCGAGCAAGGACCUGAGGAGGAAGAUGAUAUAUCGUAUGAUGUUGUAUUCCUAAUCCUACUACCAUUGCCAUUACUGCCGAUGAUCUCUAAAGAGGUCUACUUUGCUCUUUUUAUACUCCCGUGUCUCUUUUGUCCUGUCUUCACCGCCCACGUUGCCCCAACCCCUCAAUGGUAUAACGACGACGGUGGCGUUGUCGUCU